AUGAAGAUUCCAUCAUCACCAUUAUUGCGCAGCAUUUCAAAUUUAAGAAAUAUUGUUUUAAAUUGUGCCGGAAGUUAUCACACUUCAACAGAUUGCUUACCUUUACCAAGAAGACCUCUGCCUUUUUCCUCUCUACCAGGUCCUCUUGAUUGUCCUGGAAUAGGAAGUCUCUUAAGUGUUCUUUGGAAUGGAGGGUUAAAAAAUCAACAUGAAAUCAUGUACAAAUACCAUCAAAAAUAUGGAAGAAUAUUUAAGAUGAAUCUUGGAAUUUUUAAGUCAGUACAAAUUGGAGAUCCGAUUCUUUUGGAAACUUUUCACAGAACAGAAAAUGUUUACCCUAAAAGAAUGGAGAUUAAACCCUGGAAGCUGUACAGAGAUUACACAGGAGAAGCUUGUGGUUUGCUUACACUUGAUGGACAAGAAUGGCUUGCAAUGAGACAAGCAGUUCAAGCAAAACUUCUGAAACCGAAAGAAAUAUUCAAAAUGGAUUUGAAAAUCAAUGAGGUCUUGGCUGAGUUUAUGGUAUACCUCAAUAGAAUAAUUGAUCAAAACGGAUGUAUUGAUGACUUAUAUUUUGAACUUAACAAGUGGUCAUAUGAAACAAUUUGUUCAGUCUUAUAUAAUGAGAGAUGUGGGCUUCUACAGAAAGAUUGUAAUGAAGAUGCCUUUCUUUUUAUUCAAUCAGUAAAAAAGAUGAUGCAGUAUUUAGGUCCACUGAUGGUGACCUCAGCUGAACUUCACAAAAAAUUCAAUACAUCUCAGUGGAAAAACCACACUCAAGCCUGGGAUAAUAUAUUCCUAACAGUGAAGCAAUGCAUAGAGAAAUGCCUUAAAAACACCUCCACUGACAAAAAUGAUGACUUACUCACUACAAUUUAUUCUGAAAAGCUUCUCACAAUAAGACAACUCUCUGGCCUUUUUGCUGAACUUCAGAUUGGUGGUGUAGAAACUACUGCAAAUUCAUUAAUGUGGCUGAUACAUAAUAUUUCAAGAAACAACCAUGUACAAGAAAAACUUCUACAGGAAAUUCAAAAUGUGUUGCCAGAAGGACAAUCGCCAACUGCUGACACCCUACAAAAGAUGCCUUAUUUAAAGUCUUGUAUAAAAGAAUCAAUGAGGCUAACACCUACAAUACCAUUUACAAGUCGGACACUUGAGGAAGACACAAACCUUGGUGGAUUUUUGAUUCCUCGUGGUACCAUUGCAAUGAUUAACUUUCAUGCAAUGACUUGGAAUGAUGACUUCUUUCCCAAUGCACGAGAAUACAAACCUGAGAGAUGGGAGAAGGAAAAGAGGUCACUCAACCCAUUUGCAAACACUCCAUUUGGAACUGGCAAAAGAAUGUGCAUUGGAAGGCGUUUGGCUGAAUUACAGCUUCAGUUGGCCCUGUGUUGGUUAAUAAAGAAUUUUCAAUUUAAUGCAACUGAUGAAGAACCAGUAAAGGCUAUUGUCUCUGGAUUGAUGAUACCAACACGGAAAUUGCCAGUAUCAUUGAAAAAGCGAUAAGUAGGCUUAAUUAACAUUAA